GUACAUGGAAUAGUUUAGUAUACUUCUGAAAUUUGUGCUGAAAGUAUCUAAUUUUAAAUAUUUUUUUUUAUUAUAAUCACAACAUUUUUUAAAAAAUUUUAUUUGUGAAAUAUUUUUGUACUACGGGAGGAAAAGACUAAAACAAUGGCUGAUAUGCAAAGACUCUCGCCCAGCACAAACAAAGCCUUUGAAACUUUUAUUAACGCCUAUGCAUCACAAUAUGGAAACGAUACACUCUCUCUGAUCCAAGGUGGAAAAUUGUGGAAUCGAUUGUCUGAAACUCAAAAAAAUAAAUAUCGACGUAUGGGCAGGGUGCAACUUGUUAACAUGGAAGGGGACGACUGUAUGAGCUGCCCUCAAAAGCGUAGACGAAAGCCGAGAUGCGCACCAAAACCACGAUGUGCUCCAAAAAUGAGAUGCGCUCGAAAGCCGCGAUGUGCUCCAAAGCCGCGAUGUGCUCCAAAGCCGCGAUGUGCUCCAAAGCCGCGAUGUGCUCCAAAGCCUCGAUGUGCCCCAAAGCCGCGAUGUGCUCCAAAGCCGCGAUGUGCUCCAAAAUGCCAAAAACCAGGUCCUGUUACCAACAACGGCUAUCUAAAUUUUCUUCGUGUCUAUAGACGUAAGCACUGUGGUUUGAAUCCAAAUGAUUUAGUAACCAAAGGAGCUAGGGCUUGGGUCAGACUCCCAGAGUGUAAAAAGGAUCGUUAUCGUCGACAAGCUUGCAAGGUAACAUGCAAUCCACGCCAUCAGCGACGCAAAGAAUGUCGAUGAUUAAUUCAUUUUUAUGAAAUAGUCAAAAUUGAAUGCAAUUUGUAAUCUAAAUAUAUUUCUUCAUAAAUCGGGUAAA